CCGUAGCGCGGUCUGCGCACGCGCGGGAGGCUGCGCGGUCAGUGCGUAACUAUGGAACCCGAUGGCACCUACGAGCCGGGCUUUGUGGGUAUUCGCUUCUGCCAGGAAUGUAACAACAUGCUGUACCCCAAGGAAGACAAGGAGAACCGCAUCCUGCUGUACGCGUGCCGGAACUGUGACUACCAGCAGGAAGCGGACAACAGCUGCAUCUACGUCAACAAAAUCACGCACGAAGUGGACGAGCUGACCCAGAUCAUCGCUGACGUGUCCCAGGACCCCACUUUGCCGCGGACCGAAGACCACCCGUGCCAGAAGUGUGGCCACAAGGAGGCAGUGUUCUUCCAGUCACACAGUGCCCGGGCUGAGGAUGCCAUGCGCCUGUACUAUGUUUGCACUGCCCCACACUGUGGCCACCGCUGGACCGAGUGAGCAUCCCUAACUCCCCCUGUAAUAAACACCAGAUUCUGUGCCCAUAUUUCCCGUG